AUGUACCUUAUCGCGAGGUGUUCUCUGAGAUACAUUUCCCGUCUCAUCGACGCGGACGACGUCGUCACGACCUCGGCAGCAAUUCGUCAAACUGUGCGAUCGUCCCCGUCGAGGAACUUCCCACUGAAGUCGCUACCGCGCACCGUCGCGAAGCUUACCCUCAAGACAAAGCGGAUUAUGCACAUCCGGUGCGACGGAUGGAGAACCAGCAUCGUCGAACAACUGAUGAAAUGGCACUAUCGAUCGCUCGAUGGGCAUCUUCGCCAGCGGAAGGAAGCAAAGAAGCGGAAGAGAGACGACAAGGACAGCACGAAGAAGAAAAAGAAGAUGCGCAGGUUGAUGCGCAAGCUUAAGAAGCUGGAGGCAGACUCAUCUUCGGACGACGAUUCGAGUAGCUCAGACGCAUGA